AUGGCGCCCCCAACAGUGAAGCCGAAAGGCUCGAAGAAGCCGAGUGCCAAAGCCAACCAGGCCGCCAAAGCGACCCUGAAAGGUGUCCAUUCCGACAAGGCCCGCAAGAUCCGCAAGUCGACCACUUUCCACAGACCGAAGACCCUCGUCCUUUCCCGGUCACCCAAAUACCCGCGCAAGUCGAUUCCUCAUGAGCCCCGACUGGACCACCACAAGAUCAUCGUCCACCCCUUGAACACCGAGAGCGCCAUGAAGAAGAUCGAGGAGGACAACACCCUGGUUUUCAUUGUGGACACGAAGGCCAACAAGCGACAGAUCAAGGAGGCUUUGAAGAAGCUGUACGACGUGGACACAGUCAAGAUCAACACCCUGAUCAGACCUGAUGGCAAGAAGAAGGCCUUUGCCAAGUUAACGACGGAUGUGGAUGCUCUCGACAUUGCGGCUACGAAGUUGUCCAUUGUGUAG